GUUUCAGGCACAGUAAUAAAAAAGUUCGUCAUUGUCCAUUUGAAAGAACUAAUAAACAAAAACGACUGCAACGAGUCUUGGUGCUGUUAGUUAAUUUUAUUUUUAUUUUUAUUGCAUUUUGUGUUAGAUUUAAUGGAAAUUAGUUUACGGUCUCCACAUGCAAAGCAACAAUGGAGCAAGAGCAUCGGACAAAAAUCUUAAGUAAUAUCGACAAAUUAGUAAAAUUUACCAAGUAUGACGUUCUUGUGAGGCUCUGUCUGGAACAACAGCUCUUGUACAGAGUAAUGGUAGAUAAAAUUCAGUUGGCAUCAACCGAAGAGGCACGUCACCGAAAACUGUUUGAAAAGAUAACUCGCCGUGGGCCAAAGGCAUAUGAACUGUUAAUAAGUAUACUCGAGCAGCAUUUUCCCGAUGCACAUGAAAUCCUAACACACGUAUCAUAUCGUAACCGAACGAUAAAUGAUAACGAGCCCAGCAUACGUGAUCUACUCAAUCGGACUGUAAUCACAAAUCCAGCCACAAAUAAUGUGGCAACUGUAAACGUUAACCAUAAUCAUAACAAUAAUAACAACACAAACAACAACAACAACAAUAACAAUGAUAAUCAGUACAUUGCGGUGCCAUCCACAUCAAGAUCAUUAUCGCCGAGAAUUCAAGAAGCUGUCAAUCAAUUACGAAAUGCCAGUUUAGCUAAUAGUCGUCCGUUACCAAACCGAAGACCACAAAUUGUAGAAUUUAAGGAACAAAUCAACCCAGAAUUAAAGAUUCAAGUGGAGUAUUCAACGAAAUUCCAUGGCGAAAGCACAUCAAAAGUCAGCGCCUAUCCAAUGAAUUCGGAAAAACGAGGAAUACUUAUCAUUGUAAAUAAUAUACACUUUAGGAACCAAUGGCGCAGACGUAAUGGUGCUGAAACUGAUCGUGAUAAUCUCGUGCAUGUCUUUCGCCAAAUGGGCUUUUUUAUAUGCGUACAAGAAGACUUAACGAAAUAUGAAUUUUUGGACUUUUUGAAAAAUAUCAUCCAUUGUAAAGAGAUACGCACGUAUGACUGUUUUGUAUUUGCUGUAUUAAGUCAUGGUGAACAUAACGAAGUAGAAUUCGUUGAUGGAGGAAGAAUUGAAGUUGAAGAUAUAUUGACUAAAUUUAAUAACUUUAACUGCCAGCUGUUGGUCGGAAAACCAAAGAUAUUCCUCUUCCCGUUUUGCAGAGGUCCAUUGUCAGACCAUGGAGUGACGCGAAAAUCGACUGAACACGAGAUCACCGGCAAUUUGGCCGAAGGAAUAAAUGUGCCAACGUUCUAUGAUAUGAAGAUUUGCUACUCAACGCUAGCCGGUUUUACUGCCUUCCGUGAUCCAGUGGAAGGUUCAUGGACUUCAAUAUCAGAAACAAUAUCAGAAACCGAAGUGAUACAAACAAUAACCGAAAGUGAUAGUUCUGGAUCAAAUACUGAAGGAACCAAUAUUGCCACCUUUUACGAUAUGAAGAUAUGCUAUUCGACUGUUUCGGGCUACAAUGCCUUCCGUGAUCCGGUUGAAGGUUCAUGGUACGUUCAAAUCUUGUGUAAAGUAUUGGCUGAGCACUCACACGAUACACAUCUCGAGGAUUUGCUCAAAAUUAUCGGCGAACACAUGAACAUAAAACGUACCGAACGCGAUCAUUUGCAAACGGUGAGCAACGAAGAUCGCGGCUUUAACAAAAAUCUUUAUUUUAAUCCCGGGUUUUACGGCUGAAAAUGAAAAAAAAAAAAACACCAAUUGAGCAAUAAUCAUUUCAAUUCCAUUUUGAUUUUAUUGAUGCAUUUUUUUUUACUUUUGUAUAUGGCUCAAUCAUUUUUUUUAUUGUAUUAUGCAUUUAAACAGAAGAAAAACACAUAUUGUAACUAUAAUUUAUUUGAUUUUUUUUAUCAGAAGGCCAUCCAAAAUUGAUUUUGUAUGCAAUUCUUUUACAAACAUUUUUUAAAAAUAAAUCUUUUUUCUCGAAUCUUAAAAAAAA